AUGCUUCGUCGUGCCUCCCCAACUGCAGCCCAGCCUUGUUGCGCCUCCCCAACCGUAGGUUGGAUGGAUUUGCCUCUGGAACUGUUAGAAUUAAUUUUCCAAAGGCUAUGUUUGGAUGAUGUCAUGAAUUGUCGUGCCACAUGCUGCUCUUGGCGAAAGGCCGCGGACGCCAUAUUUUCAUCUCAACUUCCAUUGAUGCUCUCUCUUUCAACAGGAGGGUAUGCCUACAAUUUUGGAAGCUUAUCCGCCCCAUGGAGCAACCAUGAUUCCACUGUGCUCACUGAAAAAUGGCCGCAAGAAAUCGAGGGUAGCUAUAAUAGGGUUUACUCGGUGCAAGGUUGGUUGGUGUUCAAUUUAUUUCAUUAUGAGUCGGUCAAGGGCCAAACUUUCUCUGAGCUUUUAUUCUUCAACCCGUUUUCUCGAGCCAGAUUCAAGCUUCCAAAACUGUUCUUGUUUUCUGGAAAGCUGUUCUAUCAUCAUGUUCGUGUUGCAUUCAAUUCUGCACCACCGGGGUCUGAGGAGUUCGUUGUUGCUUUCUUGUUUGUGUUUAGCAAUCAAGAAAAAAAGUACUACUUAAUGGGACCAGAAGAUUUGAAACAAAGGCUAGCUAUUAUCAAAUUCAAGCAAGGAUCAUGGAUUGAAUCCAUUGAAAGCGAUGAAAUCUUCUAUGAUAUUGAAGUUCAUGGUGAUAAUAAGCUGUAUGGUCUUACCGUCAAACAUGGAACAAGUGUUGUGUUCGUGUUUACCCUGGAUAAUCAUCGUGAUGAUCAUGUCGUUGAACGAUUGGUUAUGCUAAAUACCAUAGAAGAUACAGAUGCUUUUGGCAUAUUUAUUUUUUCUUAUGCAUCCUUCAAACGAAGACAUCAGAUGGUAAUGGACACUAGCACGGGGGAGUUGUUGCUAGUUCGUCAUGAGCGAAGUUUCAGUUACGACACAUCAAUUCGUACAGAAGGGUUUAGGGUUUUUAAAUUGGACAGAAGCAAUCUUAAAUGGUGUGAGGUUUUUGAUAUUGGUGAUCGUUUCUUGUUCUGGGAUUUCACCGAGGUGAGUCUUGUGUCCGCUAAGGAACUUAGAGUUGCAGAACGGUUUAAGAGGGGCAAUUGCAUAUUUUUCUGCCAUGCAAAUGAUCAGCGAUAUCGAUCUAAUGAAUUUAAAGAAUAUGAUGUGGGAGUCUUCUUCUUGGCUGAUAGAACCAUUAGCCAUUUUCCAAUGAGUUCUUCUUUGCCGAUUUCACUCCGGAACAUGUGGUUCAGCCCUGCUCCUUAA